GACUAAAAGAACCAGUCGAGGUCGCACAUGCUGCAGCGCGAGAGCCGGGGCUAAAAGUCAUCGAUCACUUGGACAUAUUUUUCUGUUCGGUUCUUAAGGCAUCAUGGAUGAUGUGGAUGGACUGGAAGUUCUGCUUGCGCCUCCUCACUCACUGGCUAGUGUGUUGGUUGGCUGGGAAGCUACCUGGGAAGUCUGUUCGAGGUCCUUCAUGUGGGAGGUGGAAACACUUUUGAAAAAAAAAACUUUGAAACGUUCGGAGACAUGUGGACGAUACCUACCGAAGAGAUCCUCGAGAGACUAUCGACCAUCAAGUAAUCCAACCGCUCCUUCAUUCCGGCCAUGGAUAGUAUAUAACCCCUCCUUCCUCGCCCUCUUCUUCCUCUUCUUCCUCCCUUUACAACACACUGCUCCUCGCGCCGACCUAAAAGUCAUAUACUAUAGACUCCAUGUUCGCCAGCCGGGAAGUUUAAAACCUUCUCCCAAAUAUCGAUGGCUGGAGGGACUUGGGAACUAAAAGUACAAGGUGGCUGGGAAAUGGCUGGGUGAGCCUGGGAAAUAAAAUUCCAACCAACAUCUGAUUAUGUCUCUGG